AUGAGUCAGGUAUUUGAAGGAUAUGAGCGUCAAUACUGCGAGUUUUCGGCAAAUUUGUCAAAAAAAUGUGCAUCCGCCAGUCUCCUUGAGGGAGAGCAGAAGAAACAAAAAGUGUCUGAUAUUAAAGCUGGAUUGGAUGAUGCUGAGACUCUGAUUCGUAAGAUGGACCUUGAAGCUAGGAGUUUACCACCGAAUGCAAAGGCUAUGCUUCUUGCCAAGUUACGAGAAUAUAAGACUGAUCUGAAUAAUUUGAAAAGCGAAGUCAAAAGAAUCACAUUGGCUGGUGCUAAUCAAGCUGCUCGAGAUGAUUUAUUGGAAUCAGGAAUGGUGUCUGCUGAUCAAAGAGGAAGAUUAUUGAUGUCAACUGAGAGAUUAAAUCAGUCCAGUGACAGAAUCAAGGAAAGCAGAAGAACAAUGCUGGAAACAGAAGACCUUGGUGUCUCAAUUCUUCAAGACUUACAUCAACAGCGUCAGUCUCUCCUGCAUGCCAACAAUACGCUUCAUGGGGUCGAUGACAAUGUAGGCAGAAGCAAGAAGAUACUGACUUCAAUGUCAAGAAGGAUGAGCAGGAACAAAUGGAUCAUUGGCUCCGUUAUUGCAGUCCUAAUUCAACAUUUCUUCAGAAUACAACAGCAAAUACUAUUGAAGUGCAUAGUUUCCUGCCCGAAUCCUCAACCUGUAGGUGAGAACCUUGAUCAAACUGCUCCACAUGAUCUGGCAUUCUCGAAGGAAAACCCAGCAACGCAAUUGGAUGAAUGCUCAAAAUUUAAGUCAAUAUUACCCAGAGAUGCCAGUUCAAAUUUUUCCACGAGCUAUACUGCAACAUAUAGAGUAGGCCAAGGAACAGGGUUCUUUGGAGACAAAGCUUUUCUAUUGGCAGAGGAACUAACAUAA